UAUCGACGGCGAUUCACAGACGUCUCCUCUCCCGAUUUUUCUUGAGGGAGUGGGGACGUCUGUACACAUGCUAAUCGACUGACGCGACGUGCUGUGUUGCGUGAUGUGUUGCACGCGUUGAUGUUUUGGGGAAGACUGGUAACGAGUAAUGGCGGCUGAAUAUACGAGCAUGCGAUAAAACGAGUUGUAGUCGGUCUACUUCCUUUGAAAUGACAUCCAAAACGCUUUUGGAAGAAAGGAAACCUGGUUAAGAUUAAAAGGAACAAUCUUAAGUGCUAUAUUUCAAGUUAUUUAUGUCCUGAAAAUGAUCUACCAGGUCGGUAAGAAGCAAUGUUCGAACUCAGGUCGAAACCAAAAAGAUAUUGCCCCCCUGAAAAGUGAUUUUAUGGUCCAACCCCCCUCCCUUCUGGAAUUUCCUGGGCCUCUAACCCCCCCACCCCCCUGGAAUUUCCAAUUCCCUCCAUGGUGGGGGUCUGGAUAUUUUCUGGAACCACACAUUAUUAUUAUUAAUUAUAUGUUAUAUAUGUUUAUAUAUAUGUUUAUACUCACCAUCUGAGAUUAAUUUGGUGACACUGUUUUGAAUGCCUCUUGUUAUUCUUUUGUGAUAUUUUUUGUUUUUUUAUUGAUAAUACAUGUAUAUAUUUUAUUUCUCUUCAAUAUAAUUUUUGUACUGUUAUUUUGUUGAAUGUCAUUUUUAUGUCUAGGGCUUUGAUUCUUCUUGAUCUGUGACUGUAUGUAUGUACACUUACAGCAUAAUUUAAGAUUCUGCUGAUUGCCAUAGGCAGGGAAGGGUCAAAGGCCUCUUUACAAAACCUUGAAACAUUUUAUUCAACAACUUAUUUAUUUAAUAUUUGUUAAUUUCAUUAUUUUUUCAGGGAAGCAAUUGAGCUUUUCACAGGUGUCCUGCCAUCAGCAUAUGUUGCUAGUAAUUGCCGUUGUCCACCCACGCAUCCCAAAAUCAAUGCCGCUGAGCCAGCAAAGUGCCUGAAAAAUUUAGAAGGAAAUGCCACUGACUCAGUGUCUCGCUUAGCAGAUACAGCACAUCCUAUAGAGUUUGCAACCGAUGGGGAUACACUUAGUUUCUGGCUGUCAGAGAUCACCGAAAACGCUACCAUUGAUAUUAAUUUAAAAUACACUGGAUUUCAGGUACAUCAGGGCUUUUUUUGAACUUUUUCAAUUUGAUCAGUGUUGAUUAAGUUAUUUUUGUUUUUCUUGUUGCUUUUGUUAUAAUUUUUUGAGAUAUAUGAGAGAAGUAAUAAUGAAAAGGGUACCAGCUUGCAGGCAUGAUGUUAAGCCAUCUGCCAGCUAUUGCCUGAACGUAUGUUCAAGACAAUCCUGAUCAUCUCAAUCCAGGACUGUUUCACAUUUGGGAGAUGACAGAUGCAACAUUUAUGCCUUGUGAUAGUUGACAAUAAUGUACGUAUUUAUUAACAUCUAGAACUAAUGAUACCCAAACAUCUUAGUUAAAUUCAAUAAUAUCAUUGUAUUUACAUGUACAGAAUCAAAAAGACCAAUACAUUUUAUUUAUUGUACUUUUCAGGUGUUUUAUAUCGUCUUGACAUUCUACGGGCCUUUGCCUGGUGCGAUAACAAUUGAGCGAUCAACAGACAGUGGAAGUACUUUCCAGCCUUGGCAGUACUUUGCAGAAGAUUGUGUGGCAUCGUUUAAUCUGCAAAAUAAUGGUCCUUUGUCUGAACCAGAUUCAGUCAACUGUAUUCAGUACAUCAAGUGAGUUUUAAGUGUAUUUCUUCCCUAAGCUUUGGGUCUUAACAUUAAACUUAUUUUUUGCAAUCGUACAGUCAGGUAGAUCAUUGUUGUUGCUGAUUGUUGAUUAGUUAUGAAUUGACAUCUCCCCAGGAAUUGUUCUUUAGGCACUUAUAUAAGCAAAAAAAAUAAGUUACAUGUAACCCUCAUUCAAAAUAAUUCCUAGUUUAAAAAAAUAGAGGACACAUAAAACAUUCUUACCUGCAUCGAUGUUAAGUCUAUCUUAGACUGUAUGUUUAGGUUUGUCCAGCUCCGCAAAUAUUUUCCAAAUAGCAGAUGUGGCCCUCCAAGUGGUCUUCUUGCUGUUUUUGCCAUGUUUUUAGCUAUUAUUUCGCUUAGUUCCAGCUGUAGUUCUUACUCUUGAAACGAGUGAAAUGUCCACCACAACCUUCACAACCAAAACAACUCAACCUUGUCCCCAGGUCUUCUUGAUAACAGUGCCUUAACCUGUAGAGGGCUGCAUUUUUGACGUCUUUUCCUUGUUAAACACAAAAUUCUUCCAAAUUUGGUCAUCAUUAACUGGUUAUGGUGAAUUAUGCUUGUGCUUUUAGCCAAUCAGAAUCGGGGAAAUACUUUGAUUGAAUAAUAAACAUGUUUAAUUGUCCAUUGUCUGUUGUACACAUUAUAACUUAACCUACAGCCGAACUUUUAUCAAAGACAAAUUGACGUCUGAUCUAUCAAAAGAUGAUUAGAAUCUUGUUCCUCUGUGAUUCUGUUAGACUCAAGUUACUUCAAAAGAUCAAGAUAUUACUUUUUGUGAUUGUAUCAAAUUGGAAAUUAUUACUUUUGAAAUAAAAAUGUUUGUGUACUUUUUAAAAAUUUCCAGGCCAUUACAGUCAAGCAGAGAGGCCCUUACAUUUCAGACAGAGUAUCCACCCCCUUCUGGCUCCAAUAUUCCUGUGCGGCCAUUUGGUCAGGGAUGCAGCAAUCUUUAUUGCUCCGAAAAACUACUCCAGUUUUUGAAAGCCACUCAUGUCAGGUUGCAUUUUGUCAAUCAUACCCUCGUACAGAAUCCUGAGCACCGCUAUUAUGGGCUGGAAAGAAUUUUGGUAACUGGAAGGUAAAGUUUGUAAAAGUAGCAUAAUUACAUCAUAAUAACCUCAAGGGCAUUUUUAAUGUGGCCUUUAGCGAGCAUUUCUGCAUAAGGCUGUUGAUCGAGAGCACAAUUUUCUAACAUGAAAACAAUUCAGAGUUACGUUUUGUUUGCCUGAUCAGUUGUCAAAGGAUAAAACUUCAAGCAGUAAUGAUAGUGUUAACUUGUACAUGUAAUAAUAAUAUUUUGUUUUGUGACAUUACAUGGAUUUCUCGCAUUUUUCACUGCCUUUUUCUCCAAAAGUCAUAGCCAACAUUAUCACUGAAGUUCUCAGUUAUCAUUCUUUGUAAAUUGACUUUCUACUAGAAGUGAUUUAGGGGGCCAUCUUACAUGAGGAUUCAGUUCCUCCCUGAUGGCAGCCUUUUUGUAUUGAUUAUUACAAAUAAAGUUGUUAUAAAUAAAUAAAUAAAUAAAUUUGAGCCAGGCGGUAAAUAUAAACAGUUGUACUGUAGAACGUAGGAGAUCUUACCCUGCUAGCAGAGAUUUCUUAAUUUCUUGCAUGGCUGUUAGCGUUUAUGAAGUCGUUCACGUCUCAUGUCAGUCGUAAAGUUAGUUUGCUCUGUUUGCAAGGUAACAACGUGUCCUCUACAUUAUUUGAAAACCUCACGCUAGACUUUUACCCAGCAAUAAGCUGUCAACUAUGGCCUUAGUUACCUUACACCUUGAAAGCACAUUUACAUUUACAGUCAAAACCUAGCCUGCGUAAUAGGUGCCGGUUUUGUUAGCGUGAAGGGAAGAAUUUCGAAGACGCGCGCGCGCACGAGGGGAGAAAAGGAGAUGAGGCCUCCUGUCCCCUUCACGCGCUCUCCUCGUGCGCUACAUUGUGUUUACAUCAGGGCACCCAAAGAGAAUAUAGUUCAAAACCACUUAAACAUAGCAUUGUUGAACGUAUUUUAUUAUUUAAACGGUAGAUAUAGGCAUAUUUCUAUCCCCUAAAAGUUUUUCAUCUGUUCGGAUUUCCUAGCUGACAGUCUAGUGAUCCGAAAAUUAUAGGGAUCAAAACUUACCUUUUCGAAAAUUUUAGCCAGAAAAUAGGCUCCCGAAAAUUCUAGGUGAACUUUUUGUGGUAAAAAUGAGUUAAAAAUGGGCAAGUAUACCAUCUUUUAUAUGUUCGAAAAUCCUAGGAGAGGUAUGCAAGCAAGAAAUUUUACAACAAAUGUUCCGAAAAUUCUAGAUCUCAAAUCGUCUUCCGAACAGAUAUUUUUCCGAAAGUUGUCGUUGGGUGUCCCCGUUUACAAAAAUUUAAUAACCAAACAAAUUAACCGGCGCCUGCCAUGCAGGCUAGUCAAGACUGCUUAACUUAACAUGUUGGAAGAAACGAGAGGAUAUUUGUAAUUUAAAGUAUUUGCUUGGCACUUUUUAACUGAAUAUACAAUAAUUAUUUCUUCUGUUUAAAAGGUGUGAGUGCUUUGGCCAUGCAUCAACUUUCUUCUACAUUGAAGGCAGUGGAAAUCAAAUCGGCCGAUGUGUUUGCAACUGUCAACCGUCAACUAAUACUGAAGGAGAAAACGUUAGUUACUGUGAUUUCUUGUUAUUGUCUCUUUUACUCCCAUAAGACUAAAAUGAAAUCAUUCCCGAAAAAUUAUGCUCAAUUUCAUUCAUUAUUGACAUAUAGAAAAACUAAUAAUACCGAUUUUAAGAUGUCACGACGUCGACUUCAACGAGAACGCCAAAAAAGUAAUAGGUUUAAUCUUCCGGGUACAUUUCUUUGCCGUCACUGCACGACUACGAUGUGGAGUUGCCAGUGAGUUGCCUUAUAAGCGAUUUGCAUGAUGACUUCUUUUUACUACUAAGACCAGAAUUCAUUUCGUUUUUUCUUUCAUAUAUAAAUGUCACAAUCCUACUAAGGUUUAAAUAACCAAAGCCCUAAUUUGCGCAAGAAUGCAAAACCCUAAAGGAUUGUGGUAGUAGCAGUAAAAUGACACCACCCUUCAAAUGGCUAUUUCACGUUUUAUCGAACGUGUACAAACGACUGCGAAUUGCUGUCUCUAUGGAUACUUGGUCUUUUGGAUGUUUUAGGAGUUUUUGACACAGUGAGGGAGUUGGGAUAUUGGCCGUGGCGUUUCAAAACGCAAAGUCUCUUUUCACCGCCAUCGUUGUCUUGGUUAUAAACUCCCUAAUAGCUUGUGAAAGAAGGGCUAGUUUAUUUGAUGGUUUUCCUGUUCACCAUCAAUUUCAUCCACUGAUCGUGAAUUAAAAGGGUCAACUUGAAAUAAAUUGUGAGGUCACGAAGGGGUUUCAUUUGGAUAGUCAAACAAUUAUAGGGUUUGUUCGGGCCACAGACUCAAAAGUAGUCAUGACAGACUCUGAAUUUUAAGAGCGUCAAACUUUGGUUCUCGGAAGUUCAUACAUAAAUCCUAAUCUCCAGGUUGUUAUUACGCAUGCGUCGCAUGAUGUAGCCAGUAUGAGUUUGGACUUCCACUAAGAAUGAAUGGAAUGCACAUGACGCAAUUUGAUCACGCGCGUACGCGCGUCUGGACCCUCUAUCACUCGUAACCUUAUCACGCGUGUUUUGACCAUCUGUCACGUGAAACUUACGCAAAGCACGUCGUUGGAGCAAAAGCGUUUUGACCUUCGAUCGUUGUCGCCCGCACUUCGUACCCUUUGGUUGUUACUAGUAUUAAUCAUAAUUUUUUUUUCAGUGUCAUCGUUGCAAACCCUUAUACAACAACAAGCCAUUUUUACGAGGUGAUCGAGAUAACGCCAACCCCUGCAUCAAAUGCGAGUGUAAUGAUCAUGCCAAUAGCUGCAUUUAUAAUCAGACUCUAGAUACAAAUCCCAACUCACGCACUCUCGGGGGAGGGGGUGUGUGCAUCGAUUGUCAGCACAAUACGACUGGCCGUUACUGUGAGAUGUGUAAGGAAAUGUUCUAUAGGGAGUCUGGGAAGAGUCUGAAGGCUGGUGACGUUUGCACGCCCUGUGGAUGUGAGGGGCCUGGAGUGCAGCCUGGAAAGUUGGAUUGUGUCAAGGUAGGUAGUGUGUACAGUAAUUAGCCUUUGUGGAAGUCGAUCAGCGCGAACAAAGGGAAGACGUUUCUCUCCUUAAAUGGCCAAAAAUAAAUGUUCAAGAAAAACUUUAAACGUAGGUUCGAAAUCCAGUGGAAUUUGCUGUUUCUUUUGUGUUUUACAGAGUCAAUCAUUGUUGUGAGCUCGAAUGGUUGGAAAAUUUUUAUUUAAAUAGUUGUUUUACAGAAAAAGGUGACUUAACGGUUUACUUAAAAACGUUUGAUAGUGGCCCGGUAUGACAACUUUAUAUAUAUUUUUUCCUGCUUAGUUUCUGUUACAUUUGCACUUUAGUUUGAUGAAAUAAGUGGGAGAAAAUGCUCACGUUACUUUCGGAAUUGGCCCGUUGGCUCCUGCUCGCCUUUAAAGUGCUGUAAAUUUAUUUAGACUGUAUCAAAUCUCAUCCUAUAAAUAUCUUAUACCAGCCUAGUCCCAAUGCGUUUUCGGCUCGGUCAAACCCAGUCCCUGCUCUGAGACGUAAUGUCACCGAAAGAGACUAGCCGACCCCCCAGGCUUUGUGCGGAAAGCAAAGAGAAAACGCCUAGGGACUGGGCUAAUAUUAUACAUCUCUUAUUAGGAUGAUUCGAAUUCAAGCGUUCUUGCUGGUCAGUGUGAGUGUAAGGCUUACACAGUUGGGCGUGAAUGUGAUCAGUGCAAAGAUGGCUUCUACGAUCUCAAAGCGAGUCACGCGACUGGUUGUGUUUCAUGUGGGUGUGUGCUAGAUGGAACGCAAAACAGGAACAUUUCAUGUGAUAGCUCUUCAGGACAGUGUUACUGCAAGGACAGAGUGACAGGUAAACUAGCUUGAGAAAACUAUUACCCCCACUGGUUUCUCGCGAAAUGACUUCUGAGAAAUGAGCGUAGAAAUUCCAUACUGAUGACGUAUUACUACCAAGAUAUAAGUGGUGGUUCUCUUCAGAUGAAGCAAAUUUUUAGCCAAUCAGACGCACUACCCAGAUCUUGAAUAGUAACAAGUCAUCAGUAUGGAAUUUCUACGCUCGUUUCUCAGACGUCAUUUCGUGGGGUAAACAGUGGUGACGCCGCGAAGUAGCGGCUGUUUUCUCGACUACAGGUAAACACAACUUUUAGGUUCUUCUUUGUAUCUAUAUUCUCUUUUUCAACAUUGUUUGGGCUGGGAAAUGCUGAAAGAUGAAAGUUCCUCGAUAUAAGCGUGUUAUUUAACAUUGAUCCUUUGAAGGGAAUUCAUAGAAAACCGAUUAGUUUGAUAAUCAAGUUAUAGUGGUUGUUGAAGAGCAAGUUUUGAAAUGAAUUUCCUGUUCUAGGUAAAGCAAAGGUGGAAGUAUCGUCCGUAGUGUCUUGCAAUAUAAACUUGAGAAAUAUUUGUGUAUUAAAUACAAGAUUUAUAAUUGCUUCUAGACUUUCUAAAAGUCCGUUUUGGUUGGGUUUCGCUACUCCAAAAAGUCGGCUUGUGAGGAAGUUUUCAAGUAGAAUACACGAGACGAUUCGCAACGGUGAUUCUUAGCGCAAUACAGUGUCGCAAUAUUGGAACAAUGUUGCAUCCAUUCGAAAUAAUGUCGUAACAAUGUUGCAACGGUAUGUUGCGCUAAAAUCCGUCGUUGCCAAUCGUCUCCUAUAACAUCACCUUCUAUAAAAGUUAUAAAUUCGCGGAUGUCCGUUUCUAUGGCAGUACAUAUAUGUUACCUUACUCUUUACUGUUGUAUAUUUUACAGGUAGGACGUGUAACACAUGCAGAUCUGGGUAUUGGGGUCUUUCUGGACAAGACGCUUUAGGCUGUAAAACAUGUGACUGUGAUCCCUUUGGGACCACACCCGGAAGUGUGAACACGUGCAAUUCAACUACAGGGCAAUGCUCUUGUAAGGAGGGUGUGAUCGGAAGAAAAUGUGAUCAGUGCGCGGAUGGCUACCAUACUCUCACACAAAAUGGCUGCACCUCUUGUAACUGCUCCGUGGAGGGAACGCCUCCAUCACUCUUGGACAAGUGUAACAAAAACACCGGUGUCUGCUCCUGCAAGCUGAACGUGGAGGGCAAUAACUGUGAUCGAUGUAAAUCAGGAUUUUUUAACCUGUCACAAAGCAACCCUCAGGGCUGUGAACAGUGUGCGUGCGAUACCAAAGGCACUGUGGGAGGAUCGGGACAGUGCGAUCAGCAGUCUGGAAACUGUACCUGUAAGCCAUUGGUGAUCGGGCAGAGGUGUAACCAGUGUAAAGUGGGAACGUUUGGUCUCAAUCAAUCAAAUCCCAAUGGAUGUGAACCAUGUAAUUGUUUUCCAAAAGGCACUAUUGAUGGCGACAGAAAAAGUCCAGGUAAGUACACUUCAGCUUAUUUGUGCAAUUUACGUAUUAUAGCCGUCAACUCUCUCUAAGAGAACACCUUUGAGACCGGCAAGAAGUGUCUGUGGGCGAAUGAUGUCCGUCUUAUAGUAGUAAAGAACAGCAGGGAUCAACUCUAGGUGUCCGUUUUACAGAGGUGUCCGUUUCCAUAAUUUGGAAAGAAAUAAUUUCAGGAUAGUACCCGACUUUUUUAAAUACCUACGCUUCUGUUCUAAUCGAGCUUAAUAUACCAGGCCCCAGUUGUUCAAAAGGUAGAUAAUGCUAUCCACCGGAUAAAUCUGGAUAGGGAUGGAUAGCGCCACUGGUUUCACUAAUACUCAUCCGCUGGAUAGGGAUUUAUCUCGUGGAUAGCGCUAUUCAACUUUGGAACAAUUAGGGCCAGAGUUAUAGGAGCUCAAAUCCGCCAAAUCUCACCCAACUAUUAUCUUUAAAUCCUCUUUUUCCUUCCCCUCCCCUCCCCUCCCCUCCCCUCACGUUCAGCCAAGAUGGCGUCAAAAGCGAUGAAAAGGUCUCUUUUCUCAGUUAUUUUCUUACUCGGUCUCACUCUACGGGUAUUGAUAUGACAAAAAAUAUCGGAAAACUGCAUGCUUUAGCCAUAACCGCGUUAACUUUUCGCCUCCUUCUUUUUCAGAUGAACUUCAAUGUUCUAGCAAUGGCCAAUGUCCUUGUCUGUCCAGCGUGACUGGAUUGCGAUGCGACUCCUGUGUCUCUGCGUACUAUUGGAAUCCCUCGGGCCAAGGAUGUGUCGAAUGUCGGUGCAAUAAUGAUGGCUCUGUUGGUAGAAACUGUAACGAUACUGGUUACUGUACAUGCAAGGCCAAUAUUGGUGGACGUCAAUGUGAUCGUUGUAUCGCUGAUUACUAUGGUUUUACAGCUACAGGAAGGUACGAUAUAGAUUAUUAGUGUUCUGAAUCAAUGUAAAAAUAAAGUACCGUUGUUUUUCUUUCUAGCGUAAAUAUUUGAGGGCUUGUCUACCAAUAGCCUCCUACCCAGGCGGAAUUCACGGGGUAGGGAGGGGGUGGAGUAACGCGUGACAAAGCCUUGAGAACGUAUGCAAAAGAGGCUAGAUUACCAGUCGGCAGUUUUGUUUGGGAAAUGAGCGCGUAUUCGUGGAGAAAUACCGGCCCAAGUGGCUAGCAAAAAAAACGGUUAAACACAUUCUGACGUAGAGUCCUAACAGCUUUAGACAGCCGCGACACAGCCACUUUCAUACCAAAACCUCUUUAACUCGAGCAUAUGUCGCUUUGCCUGCAGCUAAACUUCCUUUGUUAUAAUGCCUUGUUGUAUUUACUCUAGCUGUAUAGCCUGCAACUGCAGUGAAGCCGGGAGUCUGCUUAGUCAGUGCGAUGAAAGCGGCAAGUGUACUUGUAAACAGAACGUGGAGGGAAACAAAUGUGAUCAGUGCAAAAGUGGAACAGUUAAUCUUCAACAGAACAACAAGUAUGGCUGCAGUGGAGGUACGUUAAUCUUUUCCUACCGUAAAUAGUUAAAUUGUCAUCGUCGACCCCUUCGCUUUUUAUGAAUCUGUCUGUGGUUAUACAGACAAAAGGGAACUGUUAAACUCUUAAUUAGUCAAUAAGCCUACGAAAUGUAACGUUGGUGUUAGCUGUAACCGGUAUGGACUGCAUUCAGUCAUGUUUAAACGUAAAAUACCCACCUACCCUCCCAUAGUGUAGCAUUCUGCUGUAAGUAAGAAGUUGGUCAGGUUUUAACGUUUGGUUGGGGGAGGGGUAGGUUAGCAGUUUCCCAGUAUCUCGUGCAAGUCCGUUUGACCCGUACCUUUAUCCACCCAGAUUUAUUUCAAAUUGUUUGUAACAUUUCAAUCUACCGUAGGUACCAGAGGUUUGUUUUCUCUCCCUUACGGCCAGAUGUACGCUUUCGGCCGGGUAACUAUAAAGACUUCGCCGCAACCGGAAACCGCGCAUGAAAAGUCUCUGGCACUUGAGGGUGAAUUUAGUCUUAAUAAUCAAAAGAAAAUGACACAUUUUUCUUGUUUCCAGUGACAUUUCUUGUGUUUUCACCUUAGCUCCCUCAGAACAGCCGGCACCAUUCGCAACAGUUCUGUCUCCUCGUUUCAUAAUGCUAACAUGGUCCCCGCCUGACAAUCCUAACGGCAUUAUCAUACGGUACGAGCUCUACAGAAAUGGCACACAGAUCUACAGCGGACUGAAUCGAACAUUCAACGACACGUCACUGACCCCAGAUACCGUGUAUUACUACUACAUCAUUACCUACACGGAAUCGGGUAGUACGAGAAGUUUGGACGACGGAAGAGUAUAUCGGACCUUUCAAGACGCUCCCGGCGGUAUUUCCCCACCGAGCAUCACCAAUAUUCUUCCGCGAAAUGUAACCGCGUCAUGGCAGCUUCCCAGUUCACCGAACGGGCGCGUCAUUGAGUAUCGGUUGAUUUCUACAAGUAGCAGAAGCUCAGUUGAGGUUAUUCAUUGCAGAGGUAUUAUUUUCACGUGCGGUGUAGGCGGACUCGUCCCUUAUACUGUGUAUAACUUUUCGGUGGAAGCGUGCACUAAUGGAGGAUGUGGUCGAAGUAAUGUGACAACUAUCGUGACAGCUCCGACGCUUCCCGACUUUCAGCCUUCACCCAAUGUGACGUCAUUUCCGGGAGGCAAAGCUGUAGAGGUGAAGUGGGACGAGCCGCCAGAACCAAACGGAAGGGUCCUGCGCUAUGAGUUGUACAUGCGGAGCUCACCAUUCCAAGGAGUUGGAACUUUGAAGUACAACAGCAACCCGGCGCAUGACUCUAAUCCAGUACACUUUAGAAAGACCAACGUCACGGGGCUGCAGCCAUUCACGGAGUAUGAGUUUCGCGUUAUCACCACUACUGCGCAAGUCAGCGGUGACCGAGCGAGCGACUGGACACGCCAUAGAACUGGGGAAGGAAGUGAGUCAUUUUAUGUAACGUGAUUAUUCUCUGUUGUCGGUCGCGUGCUUUGUGUUGUUACAUCUUCUAAAAUUGUAAUGUCGAAAAGCCACUUUGAGAACCAACAUCAAAACUUGUCUUGCAGCUUUGGUUGUUUUUAUUGUACUGCCUCUGGCUUGCCAGUCAUCAUAGCUACUGUCAAGCUAGCGGUGAGUCAAGCGUACCCCCGUACAUUCUGUUAAUGAAUUCGUUGUUUGAAAAUUGUAGUUAGUCGUUGCCGAUAUCAGAUUCAUUUCUUCGUCCUUGCACACGUUAUGAGCAGUGAAUUCACACAGAAGGUAGCUGCUACGGUUUCUUUCAGCUCAGUUUUCUCAGGAGUUGAACUCCAUAUAAAUGCCUUCAUAGGAACUUUACGCAUGCGAUUUUUUCAUUCGCAUACAGAAAGUAUUCUACAAAACUUCACUGCUCAUUAUGCAUGCAGGGAUGCUAUGUUAGCGGCAACAACCAACGAAUUCAAUUUGCACUAACUAAUGAGAGUGAACGUCACGGCUAAAAAAAACCUUGAAUAUUUUCAUUUCUUACUUUAAACGUGGUCAAAAAAGUUUUUUUAUUUAAGGAAAAGCGUAAUAACUGAUUUACGCCACUUGUUUUUUCAUUCUUAGCUCCUCUUGGCGAAAGUGCAAUGAACCCUAGUGCAAGUCCCUUCAACAGUAGCGCGGUCCUUGUUUCCUGGAGUCCUCCCCAGAACCCACAAGGAAUCAUCAUACGCUAUAUUAUUUACAAAUAUCAGCCCCCUUCAAAUACAACGGCCGUGGAAGCUACUAUGGCAACUGGAUCCCAGCGGCAAGGAAUGGUAGAUCAACUGCAGCCAUAUACAGAAUAUAAAUUUACAGUGAGGGCUUGUAAUAGCUAUGACUGUUCAGGUCAUAGUGCGGCAGCCCUUGCUCGCACAAAACCUUCAGGUGAGUAAUGAGGAAGUACAUUGCCUUGAUUUAAGGACUAUCUGUGGAGAAUAUAAAAGCUUUUUGUUACUAUAUUUGUAGUGUGGGGUGGGGGGUAAUAAUUUCUGUGUGAAUAGCAUGGCUUAGCCUGCGAAGCAAGUAUUCUACGAGGUGUGAAAAGUGUUUCUGCACCCCAUCAAUAUCUCUUUUUUAUCAGCCCCAUAACCUUUGCCUACUUUUAUUAUCAAGGUUGGGGGCUUUGUCUGGGUUGCACCUUCCCCCUGUGCGCACAAAGCGCGGAUGUUGGAGCAAGAGCAACCUUUACUAUUACCCCACACCUCUUUAUAUUUUUGGUCUCGCUCUUGUUCCUACGGGAAUGUUUGCUAUGAAAGAUUCACACGGCCUCAUACGAAGAAGGUGAUAACGAAACAUCCAGGCCUUCGUUAGGUUAACUUAUAUCCUGAGUUAGGGUUUCUCUUAAGAAAAUUACAAAUAUUUUACUACAUCUUAGUCAGAGUACUUUUUUACACAACUUAACAGCUGGUUUUCCUCUUUACACAGCUCCCGAAGGUCAAAGUUCACCGGAAGUCUUUUCAGUUGAUUCAUCCACAGUAUACCUGAACUGGUCCCAACCCCAGACUCCUAACGGUCCUUUGCCGCCGAGCUAUAACGUGAGCCGAGCGUAUUCAGCACUCCACCACCCUCCUCCCUUAGUGACGUCAGGAGUUCAUUUCCCAGGCCUUGGAUACUACAAGUUUCCGUCAGGCUUUGUCAGAGCUGGUGCUGAAAACAACAUCGAGCUUUGGUUCCGCACCCAAUACGCGUUUGGACUGAUACUGUUUCUUGUGUCCGAUGGCUCUCAAACUGACAUGUUAGCUGUUCAACUGCGCGACGGCAAACCUUGGCUGAUUUUUGAUAGUCAGGACGGUCCUGCUGCCUUCACAAUCAGCCAGUCUGUGCGCUUUGAUGAUAACCAGUGGCAUAAUGUGCAGAUAAAUCGUAAGAACCGACGGGGCACUCUCACGGUGGAUAGUUAUAGUGCGAGUCAAGACAGUCCAGGAUCAACUACUGUGAUUUCCGCCGACACGGGAGUGUAUAUCGGCGGGCUUCCUCCAUCUUUCGUUUUCUUCCGUCCUAAUACUGGUAAUUCGGAAAUUUUAAGGCACAAUUUCAUUGGUUGCCUGCGCGGAAUCACUUCGGAAUCGCAGAGCUUGGAUUGGACUUCCGCACUGGAGGCAGUCGGAGUUGAACCGCAAAGAAAUGGCUGCCCAGCAAGGGACAAAAAGAAGGCAGUUUUCCUCCGGGGAGGAGGAUAUAUUGAGAUAAACAGACAGACUACCGAUGUUCUUCAAAGCAACAUCUUCAGCUUCACUCUCAAUUUUCGCACACAGCUUUCCUCCGGAUUGCUUCUAUUUGCACACGGAGCGACAAGUUGGUUCGCGAUCCAGUUCGCUGAUAAUCAAGUUGCAACGAUGUACUCGACGUCCAGCAUGCACGGAAACCUAACGAUUCAACCCUCAGCCGGGGAGAUCUGCGAUGGACGUUGGCAUAACUUGACUGUCACUAACUUUCAAGUCGGCCAGCUGAACAUUAAACUCGACAACAAAAAUGACGUCACUUCCGGAAUUAGCAACCUUCUGGUUCAGUCUGUGUACGUAGGAGGGGUCCCGUGGGGUUCCCAAGCUGAGAGGAUUGCCCGGCAGGCUGGUGUGAAUGUAGAUACCUCGUUUGGUGGCUGCAUUAAAGUCUUUUCUGCGGCAUCAGAGAUCGAUUAUCAAAGUGACGUCAUGGACAUGUAUAAUGCUGAUCUUGAUGGCUGUCUUCCUGAGUCCACGAUACCGGUCAGCAGACAGAGGGGGAGCUGUUUGCCUUUUAACAGUUCUGUGGUGUAUUCUGGAAAGAAUGAGAAGUUUAACGAUUCUUCAGUUGAAACAUUCACCGGUUAGUUUUGGUCUUUUGUUCUUGUUGUUGUCGUAUUUUUUGUAAUGAGAUAAUUGUAAGGAGAACUUCACCCCUCCGCACCUUUCCAUAGCGUGCGAACUCUCAGUUUUCAAGUCCAUCUCAAGUUGGCUUCAUAUUUAUGGCAGCAACUGAGCAACUCACUGAAUCUUUGAAAAUUGUUUGAGUGGCAAACACAACCAAUAACAUUGCCCCAUAGACAACCAACGAAUACAAAAUGCAAUCCACAAUACUUAAACCUGUAAAUGUGGAAAGCCACCUGUUUUCCUACACGUCCGUCCUGAACAUUGCUACCGUUAAGAAAGAAUCUCUUUAAAGUUUGCGUGUUUACUGUAUUUAAAGGAGGUAAGAUUUAUGAUCUGUUUACAGAAAUUUUAAUUCAAUGCACUGUUGUCUUUCUUUUAGAUUAUCUGUACCGUGUAGAAAGCUAUCAUGCUGGAACAACAGGUUCGGCUAAAAGUGCGUGGAUUGCUACCCGCAGCGGGCAAGGAGGUAAGAUUGAGCUAAGUCACUUUACAGUAAAGAACCAGAAAGAAAAACCGCCGUCAAGUCAUCUAUAGCGGGACUUUUUAGCAUCAAUGUGAGUUCAAGGACUGUAAAUGGGGUAGAUUUUAAUACAGAGCUCAGAAAUUCCCACUACCACUAUAAAAGAAAUAUACCAAAACACUUUUCAUCAUGUGGCGAUUUUUUACAUCUUACUUACCCGUAUCUUGUUUACCCGUUAACAGCGCCAACUGGUCUCCAGGCUCCCAUACAGCUGAUUCCUCUUCCAGGCGGAACAGAAGUGAGAGUAACCUGGGCACCGCCAGCCCGGCCGAAUGGGGUCCUUACAGAGUACAGAAUAUUAUCUUACCGUGUCCACCCCCGUCAGGCGGUUCCUGCAGAGAAGGUUGUGUCGGAUACUGGUGUCUUGAACACCACUGUCUCAGGACUUCAACCUUACACAAUUUAUGAAAUAAAGAUCCAGGCCUUCACGGCUGGAGGAAGUUCAGUGGGACCUGGUAAAAAUGUCACCACUGAGGAGUCAGGUAUUUUAAACAUUUGGUUGUAAGAGAGUAAUUUGUAGCCCCCCUUCAUGAAGCUAGCUGAAGCUAACAUCCUCUUUAAAAUGAUCCCAUGGGUUUUACUCAAAGUAAUUACUUAAGAGUUAAACAAACGUUUUUAUUUCAGUUCCAGCCGGAGUUCAGGGUCCCUCAGCUGUCCGACGCCCCAGAGAACUUGAAGUGUCCUGGGCCGGGCCUGCAUAUCCCAAUGGAAUUAUAAUUCUAUAUAACCUCACAGUGGAUGGGCAACGUGUGUACAGUGGUUCAGAUAACAACUUCACAAUAUCAAACUUAGAAGUUUACACCGAGUAUGCUCUGCAGCUGACCGCCUGUACACGAAUUGGCUGCGCCCAAGGCCCGGUGGUGCGCAUAAGAACAGGAGAGUUACCUCCGGAGGGGGUAAAAACCCCAAGGGUAAUAGUCCGCGGUAGAACUGAGGUGGAAGUGAACUGGGAAGUACCUAGCAUUCUCAAUGGGGCGAUCGUGCGUUAUGAAGUACUGUUUGCAACCAGCGAUGUUCUGAGUGCUUAUGUCUCGAAAUUCAAUGCCACUCCAAAUGUGUUUAGCACCGUUGUUAGAAACCUCACCGCAGGAACAUUAUACUUUGUUCGAGUACGCCCCUUUACCGGUGGAGGCGGAACCUUCAGUAAUGCGACCCAAGUGAGAACACACGAGGAUAUCCCCGAUGACAUCCCAGCCCCCACCGUGGUGGCCCUCAGUCCGUAUGCUCUAUAUGUGAUCAUUCUGAAACCAGACAAACCCAAUGGGAUCAUCACGCGCUACGAACUGUACCAGGACAGCAUUGUUGAUCCCGUGCUGAACGAGACGCAACUGUCAAAUUACACAGCAAGUGGUUUCACCCCGUAUAGUCGCCAUACCUUCCGUGUGCGAGCGUGUACAGCUCAAGGCUGCGCCUACGGUGCCAUAGCGGUUGCCUUCACACAAGAAAUAGCACCGAACGGAACCGUUACCCUGACAGCAAGCAUCCGCAAUGCUACAGCGGUUAAUGCUCGUUGGACUCGCGUGGCAGUGCCCAAUGGAAGGCUAUUCUAUAAUUUGAUGAUCCAAGGAAGUUUCUUAGUGCCAGGCUCCGCAGAGCUGAGAACAGAAGAGCGCGUUGAGAGAGGAAUUUCUGUGGAAGAAGCUGAUAAAGAUUUCAUAUACAAUGGUCUCAUUCCCUUUAACAACUACACCUUCUGGGUGAAUGCGUCCAAUUCUGUUGGUUUCAUUCUUAGCAAUAACGUUACUGGCUCUACUCCUGAAGGAGGUAAGUCACACUUAAAGUAGUUCCUUUCUGAUCGAGAUAGCAAAUAAUAACAAAUGUAUGUCAAAACCGUGUCCUUCCAUUUUCAAUUUUCCAAUGCUAAUAUCGAAUGUUUAUCGUAAACAGUUUCAGGACAGCAUAUAUCAUUCACUAGAAAAGCUGUUUAGCUUCUGGAAAUAAUCCUUUUCAAACAAAACUGUAGGACCUCUGUUUCAGUCUUACACGGCGGCCCAAGUUAGACUAUCUUUGAAAUAGCCGACUCUUUGUUUCAGUAAGCGUAUCAAAUCCCUUUAAAUCUUUAUUUUCAGUUCCUGGUGGUUUGAAAGCGCCCAACGUAACCGUAUUAAGUUCCACCUCAGUUCACGUCUCUUGGGAGCCUCCUGCAUUGCCUAAUGGGAUUAUUCUCGGGUAUGGACUGCAUCAGAGCGGCGUGCCAACAGUGUUAUUCAGUGGAUUGGGAUUCAGUUUUACCGUUACUAAUCUCCAGCCUUUUACGAUCUAUGAAUUCCGAGUCAACGCCAGCACUAUUGCGGGAUCUGGGUUUAGUCCUUGGAGUCAGGCCUCAACCUUUGAAGACGGUAAGUUGGUACCGUGGGGAGAUGUUCUCCUGAUUAGCACUUAUACUCUGAUAAUAAUAUGCUGAACUUAAAGAUCAUUUAACAGCUUUGUCCUAAAGAAAGAAAGAUAUGCCCUUGCAUUAAUUAAAAUCCGGUUUUAUGGCGUAUUAGGUGCAACGAUGAGGAGAAUUAUUUGCGCUUUGGUCUGAAAAAUAAAAACCUACUUUCGGCUACGAGUGAAUACGAGAGAGGGUGUUUAGAAUCACAGAUAAUUGUUUUUUUUUUUUUCGGUUCUGUCGCUUCUUCGGCAAGCAAACAGCAAACACACUUGAAUUUAAUUAUAUUUAUAUAACUGAAGGCAUUAUUCUACACUUCUUCCCGUAUUCUUUUAGUUCCCAGUUCUCCAGAUCCACCGGUGUUUAGAGACGUCGCCUCAACUUCACUGACAGUGAAAUGGGACCCACCUGAUCCAGCCAAUGGUGUGCUUUUGCAUUAUGUCAUCUACCAAAAUGGCACAGAGAUCGCAAGAGUCACUGGAAACAUCACCAGCUACAGGGUGACUGGCCUCCAGCCUUUCACGGUCUACGUGUUCAGGCUGAGUGUGUGUACAGCGGUCGGUUGCAGUAGCAGUUCGGACUCAGCGCCUCAGCAGACCUUAGAAUCUGGUAAUAUGCCUGAACCAUUUCAAUCCCAAAAGUGACCAAAGUAAAAAUUUCAAGAAAGUCUUUCACAUUUCAUCUUGUAAAAUGUUUGAAAUCAAAAAGUACUAUGUGAAAGUACUGCUAGAUAGGUUUCAUAUGAAUGGUCUCACCAUAGGAUUUUGUCCACAGACUUCAAAGUUAUAACUACUCUACAAGACUCCAUAAUUUACACAGAGUGAACUUGAAAGGAAUCUUGAGUCAUCCAACAGGUCACAAUUUAUAAAAAAAAAGUUGGGCAUUUGAGCUCAUUCAAUCUUGAAACUAGAGUUUUGGUCUAGCUGAAGUUGCGAAAGAGGUCUAAUGCUUGAGAAUAUUUCCAGAGUAUUUCCAACAGCGAACUUAUGAUGUUCAUGCCUACCUAUUACACUAGGUCUAAGGAUAGGUUAUCUAUUGAUAAAGUCAAUGUCGAGUCGACUUAGAGACCCUUCUUUUAUAAAUGGGCUACCCGUUUUAAAGAUUGUAUAUAAUGUUAUUCCAGUUUCGUAUAUAGUUUUUUCCAAGGUGUUAUGAACUUGCCAAUGAUAUGGAAUGCUUCGAAAGAGGAUAUUUUUCUACCCAUGAACAGAUCCCAUCUAGAGCGAGCAGACGACUUCUUCUUAUUUCCGUGAUGUAGAAGUAAGAAUAAACAGCCUGCCCGAAUAGAAGCAGAAAUGGAAUCAACCUCGUUACCAGGCCUUGCUUCAGGGAACGUGAAGAGGAGAGACCCUGGGAACGAGGUUGAGACGAAAAGUAGACAAACUCAAGAUUUAUGACGUGCUUGUUCUUGCAGGUCCCCAGGGGUUAUCUGCCCCAAGGCUUUCAUCCCCCACGGGUAGAACAGUAAUAAUAGAAUGGGACCCCCCUGCAGUACCUAACGGUGUCAUACUGAAAUACCAGAUUCAGCGGCGACUUAUGUCUGGUGGAAAUCCCUCGGUUAUUUCUGAAGUGAAUGCUUCUCUUUCGCGGCGAUAUGUGGAUAAUACAGUACAGCCGCUAACUACGUAUCAUUACCGCGUUAUCGCGUUUAACAGCGGCCCGGGGGAUCCGAGCCCGUAUAGCAACGUUACCACUGGUCAGGGAGGUAAGUGCGCAUGCGCAUGUCGUCAUACAAAAGUAUAUUUACUAUAAACCUUAUCAUCCUGUUCCAGUUCUUACGUGGCAAUGACGUUUGAUUUUCACUUUUGUUAGCAGUCAGUGCCACUACCACAUCUGUUCUGGAUUAGACAAGUACUAGCCUGUGAAUAGAAUAUAGCCGUUUCUCCACGCUCCAAGACGCUAGCGGCCAGAAGCGAGGAGAAACGACUGUAUUUGUAGGCUAGACAAGUAUCUCUAUCAUGUUUUAAAUCUGUGCUUUCAUUCAAGAGGGAGAGUGUGAACAAAUACAUUUUGGCUGCUUGGCCCACCAGUGAAGGAGUUUUAUCAGGUUUUUAUUACUGGAAACCCAAAAUUUCAAGAUUCUUCUUCUACUUAAAGUAUUUUUUAAUAUUCCAAACCCUUGAAAUAGUGGAAACUUGAACUACUCGUUACUUGUAGCAUGGUGGUAAGGGGGAUAGAGUAACAGGGAAAAACUUUAAAGUUCGAAUUUUUGGCGGAAACCGCAUGCUGUGGCAUGAGAUUAGAAUGGCGGUUAAAUUUUAAGAAUGUGCCGUCGACAUUUAUAAAGGAAACUCGCCUUAGCUUGACGUGAUUUGUUCUCUCCUUUUACAGACCCCGAGGGAAUCGCAGCGCCUUCUGUCCAAGCGCUCAGUCCAUACGCUAUAAAUGUCAAAUGGACCGCACCAAGCGUACCAAACGGCAACGUAACACGUUACAUCAUCAGAGUCAUACAUCAGCAAACCUCUCGCAACGUCACCGUUAAUGCCGCGCCCUUCAAUGUUAAUGUUACGUCACUGGAUCCGUACAUUCUGUACAACGUCAUUGUCAGCGCAUGUACAAUUGGGGGAUGUGGUAGCAGCUCACCGUCUCAAGUCCGUACACAUCCCGCUGCACCUGAAAAUCAGCCUGCGCCCAUCGCGCAGCCGCUGUCGCAAACGAAAAUGAGCGUGAGCUGGGAUCCACCUAUUAGGCCGAACGGUUUGGUAGAGGGGUAUGUGCUGUUCAGGAGAACAGUCGAGGACCUGGUUACCAAUAACAUUUCUUCACCCACUGAGUAUACACAGGUUUAUAAAGUCGGGGCCCGACCGGGAGAUCGGGUCUUCAUCGAUGUUCUACUAGGAAUCUACUCAUUACAGCAGUAUAAGGUUAGUUACAAAAAGAAUUAGGCAAGUUUUCUUAACUGACGUUAUACAACUCACUUUGACUCUGAAGUUGACUACCGCACAGGUUGUGGAAACGUCAGUCACUGUCAACAACAACAACAGUCCUAUUCAGGACUACGUUCAACCGGACGAUCAUACUCACCCUACUUUUGAAAUGACUCCUGGUUUUAAUCCUUUCACAGUAUCCUUACUACCGUGUGCACGAAAUUUUUGCGGGACUUUAUUUUGGCGGAUUGACGAUUUUUUUUUGUUUUGCGGGAACUAAUUUUUGCGAUUCUCAGAAAGUAGCCAGGAUUGAAAAUAUUUUCGUUUUUUAUCGAGUACUUGCAAUAGAAAUACAUAUUUUCAAACAAUAAACCAGUAUUUCGUUGUAUACCGUUUUGUUUCUGAAUGAAAGAGACAAGUUGUGAUUGAACAAACACGAUUUCUUAGUACUGUAUUUUUGUGUAGUGAAUUUAAGUUAGAGAAUAUUUAAUCUAAAGUAAAUUUUUGCGGGAAAACGUUUGCGUUAGUUUUUAUUUGCGGGAACUUAUUUUUGCGGAUCGCUUGAUAAAUCGCAAGAAUUAGAACCCGCGAAAAUUUCGUGCCAGACGGUAGUUUGCAAAGGAUUAUUUGAAGUCUUUACAAAAUGUAAAGUUUUUUUUUUUCACCAUUCCUUUUACGUUUGGCGAACCUUAACGGUAGUAUGCUUUCCCAGCCUCAAAUUCUGUGGAAGGUUACUGCAAAAAGUUUAUUUUACUGUAAGCUAACAAGUUCCUGUUGUCUUAUACAUCUUUUUGCCUUAUGGCUCAACUUUGAAGUAUUAUUUAUUUUUUUUAUCACUUCCCACAUAGUUAAUUUAGAGACAACUGGUUGGAGACAACAUCAGCAGGACGAAAUUCAGAACCCCCGUUGACCUGUGGAUUGCUUACAUAUGUUUUAACUACAUCUACAUUUUAUUUUCUUAAUAUUUUUAGGUUACAGUGACAACCGCACAAGGCAACACCACCAGCAACCCCUCCCUACCCUACAGAACAAAUCCUGCCCCUCCCUUAGCAGGUCCUACCGUCAACGGUACUGCCCUGAAUCACACGACUUUGUUGAUCACGUGGUAUCCACCGGAAAUCAAGCAGCUGCGUGGCGCUGUAGUGACAUAUAUAGUAGAUAUUGCCGAGUCUUCACUUCCGGGAGCACCUGUUAGUCGCGUGGGUCAGUUCCCUGGCAACCGAACUAGCGUGACAGUAAAAAAUCUCAAGGCCAACACUUAUUACACUUUUUAUGUAAGAGUCCUUUACGUCUUUAUCAUGUUAUUGGGCUAUAUUGAUAGUUUGAAGCCUGCAUAUUUUAGAAAUAACCCAUGCAUUUGAAAGUUAUUAGAAAUAGAUAUUACGUACAACUAAGAAAUAUUCAGAAAUAAUCGAAACCCCAGCGGAUAAUCGAAUCCACGACCUUCCAAAUACAGCUAGGACGCUCUAGCCACUGAGCUAUGGGCGUCGAUAUGGGCGUCUCACAUGGCGAGCAGGUCGUGGGUUUUGAGGCUGGACUGAAGCAAAGCAACACGCUUAUUUGCUUACUUACUUGCAUCAUGCAAGCACCUUAAGAAAGUGUUGUGUACACUUUGUGUACAGUUUGAAAGUUACUCCACUAAAAAAUGAAAUAUAGGUGAGUUACAAAUCCCCUACCCUGUUUUCACCAGGUUGAGUUGAACAACGGAGCGGGCACCUUCAAGAGUGAUGCAUUCCGGAUAAGAACCUUGGAUGGAAGUAAGCGUUAAUUUUAGUGGUCGUUUUUCACGCGCUUAAGGUGGCUCCCCAGAGUAAAUUGGCCGUGCGCAGCUUGAGCUCUAGUAUGGCGCGACCUUUAAAAGCCGCGCGACUUCCACGCAAAAAUUAAAACAAACAUGGCCUCUCAGUUUCGAAAUAUUCCCCGAAAAAACUUUAUGAACUUUCUAUUGAAGCUCAUUGUGCAAAAAGUUUUAUUAGUGUAGGUCAAAAACUUAUGAGAGGAGACAAUGUUACACCGGUUACAAGUCGCUAUCGGUCUCCAUAAGAGUAAAAUGUUUGUAGCUAGCGUCAUUAGAAAAUACUCUAAGGAACCACCUUAAAUUUCAAGAUAUUCUCCGCACGUACUGACUGUGGUGUUUGUGUUGUUCUUCCUAGUGCCCGAAGGAUUUGGCCCUCCAACACUGUACACUAUUAACAGUACUACUAUCCGUGUGAGUUGGAGUCCACCCACAAAUCCUAAUGGAAAUGUUAUCCUCUACAAGAUCUAUGUGUGAGUACACACUUACGUUCAGUUCCCUAGACACAGUUGAACCUCUACAUUGUACUAGCGUCUACCACCUCUUUGUAGCGACCACCUCUUUGUCUCAGCAGGCAGUCGAUACAUUCCCUUGGUUUAACCUCCUGCCAAGGUCACUCUGACUCCUCUGUCCCUAAGAUUUCCGUUCUGGACAGCUUUGUAUAUGUUAACAAAACAAACUGACCUCGCCCACUAUUAGCUGGCGUAUGGCUGGUAGGGGUCUUGUAAAGACUGUUUUGCCAAAUGUUUAACUCAUCAUACGUGUUAACCUAUAAAACUCUUUGCAUUAUUUUUUUGCGUUUGAUGCUUACCUUAGAUUGAGAAACAGUCCGUAUUUUUGCGUAGGUCAAGAACGCGGGAGCGGGCGAACGAAAGUCCUGGAUCAAGGGUUGGAACUGAAUGAAACUUGAAAACCGGCAAUAAUCUCACGCCGGUGCUGAUUUUCAGAAGAAAAAAAAUGACGGUUUUACAGUCUAUGCUAUAAACCUUAGACCCGAAAAUGUUACUCGUUCAAACGUUUGUCUAACCGGGUAAUAAUCCUUUAGUUACAAAAAAAACAAAUGCUGUGUGUAUAACACGUUGUGGCGUGUUAAAAAUUCUGCUUGAAAGUGCCCAUAACGUCAGUACAAAACAUAAUAUUGUGCCUUGCAGAAACGACACCUUAUGGACAAACACAAGCGGGGAUGCACGUCAAGUCCUUGUCUCUGGGUUGCAGCCAUACACUUAUUAUGUCAUUAAGGUGCGUAUUAGAACACAGUGGCAGAUCUUGGGGAAAGGGUCGGAGUGCUGCUGGGCCAAGAAGAACUUUUUUGGUUAAGAGUGCCCCACCUUCAGCUAAAAGUCUGGUGCCUUCACUUGGUGACGCCAGUAAAUCGUUCGCAUUGAUUCCCUUAUACGUUUCGGCUCCACCUCGUUCAUUUUUAUCUUUGUUUUUUCGUUUUCCUGUCUGUUGUUUUUUUUUCUAAAUUCGUUUGUCGUUCAGCCUAUACUUGAUGCACAUGGCAUUCUUAUAAUUAAUAAUUCCUUCCUCUGUAAUUGUAACAGGUUGCAGUUUGUACCACGCAUGGCUGUACAAUGAGCAACGCCAGAGCAGCAACUACGAAUUCUGCAGGUGAAUUUUUAUUUCCUCUGUUUGUUUUUAUUCUAAACUCGCGAAUUAUCUUUUGGUCGAACUAGAAAGUUGAAGUUUCAUUUGAGGGUCGGAGGUUUAGUACUGUUGGGUUGAGGAGCUCGUACAUUGCCAAGUAAUGAGACACUACCCAUGUGGUUGCCCGCACGGCGUUGUCAUGGACUAGGACACAAUAUUACCAAGUAUCAUAAUCAGUGGUAAAGUAAAUUUACAUGAGUGAUUCAAGAUAGUCAUCGUUUAGACAAUCUAAGUACCUUUAGUUCGUUAGGAUCCAGACUUCUAUAAUUGCACUUGCGAGAAGCACUCUGUGGGUAGCCUGGCCACAAGUUGUCUCAUCGGCCAUUGUGGUCCACAACCAAGGAACACUCAGGUAUAAUAGUGACAGGGAUGACGAGAUAUGAUACGAAUCCCUUUGGGAGCUCAGACAUCCGAAGACGUUUGUGGGUUAGACAUUUUGCAGUUACUUUCCUUAGGUAAAAGACUUCUGUACCGACCUUCUUUCAGGGGGAGGUGGGUGGGGGGUUGUUGACGACAAUACAUAGCCCUGGGUUCUCAUUAUUACGUCACACAAUUGUGCCAGUACUUUUCUUUGGGUCAAGUUCGGGCCUUUUGCUUUUUUGAGGGGUUGAACAAUUUAGCCUCAUUAUCCCCCACCCCUUUGGGGUCCCCUUCCGUAGUAGAUUCAAUUUUUCAGUAGUCCACAACUGUGUGAGAAUCGAGUACUAAAACUAUUUUCUUAUAAUCCUUCAGCCCCGACAAGUUUCGCUGCUCCACGACUUAGAGCAGGUUCGACGUUCAUUGAAGUCCGAUGGGGUAAGAAAACACUUUCUGUAGCUUGUGGCGCGCACGUUGUACGCUGCAUGCCGCCUAUUAACUUAACGCUUAUAUGUAGUAUUUCUUUCAAUUAAAGUAACCAUUUUUUCUCUAUUUCCCUCCUACCCAAAAUCACAAGACAGGAUAUUUGGAGUGAACUAUGUGUAUUCGAUUAUUCUGAUAACCGGGCAAUGCUUUUCCUCAAAACUUUGCUUUGUCGCCCCUAUCUAACUCCCAUGUUGCUUUGCUUGUGUCAUUGGAUGACUAAUGUUGUUUUUCUCCUUCAGAGCCCCCAUCUCGUCCAAACGGAAUCAUGUCAGGCUACCAGAUCUUCCGAAGAAUGGUAUACCAGUGCCCAACAAGGUACAUGUACAUACAGCUUUAUCAAUAACUUGUGUGAGAGAAUUUUAAACCCACACUACUUCUUAGUAUUGUAUUCUAUAGUCUCAACAUCACUUCAAGAUUAAUGUCGUUCUAAACGAACUGUGUUGUAUUUGUUUCAGCCCUCCUCCACAAGCUAAAUGCACUUUCAUAGAAUGCCGUCUGUCAGAGCAGUUAUGUGGUGUCACGUGUUAUAAUCCAGGCAAUCAGGUGAGCCAUACGUAACGCUGCUAAUAAUUCCACAACACUUAUAAAACAAAUAUUGCUUCUAAUCUUUUAUAAACUCGAAAGCAAACAAAUGGAAAAGGUUAAAAUCGUGGAAAACAGCGGAGUGAGGCAUCUUAAUGACCGUAAACUGGAAGGAAAGUAAGACAUUUUAGCUUUAAUCUGCCGCCAUUUGAAUUCACAUGAGUUAAAAAACAUUGGGAAGAGUCCCGAAUUUGAGUCUCAACCGAUUUUGAUUUCCGUAUCCACGUCCAAAAAAUACACCAGCGCCCCAGAUAUACUUGAGUGAUCUUUGAUUCACACUCACUCACUCAGUCUGUGCCGUCGUUGCUGGUCCACUGUAAUACCUUUUUUUCGGUUUUCCACGCUAGAUUUGCUGUAAUGGCGUUCUCUAUUCACGUGACCCAGCCAAGACUUGUUGCGGCACAAACUACUUGCGGAAGAAUACUCCCUCCGACGUCUGCUGUGGAAACACUUUCCAUAUCCAGCGGUCUGAGUAUCAAUGUUGCCAUGGCGACUACAUCCGGGUUCCUUCAGGCAGUGUAUGUUGCCGUACAUCUCAGGGGGGUAGAGUGGUGGGUCAGGGAAAUGCCUGCUGUGGGGAUACUCCUUACAACAGUGGAGGAAGCAAAGUGUGUGUCUGUGGUGCACUGUAUGAUCCUAUACCUCCAAGAAAGUGUUGCGGUGGAAGCGUUGUAGCUUCUGCGCAGGUCUGCUGUGGUGAUGAGGUUCGUGGGGCCGCGUAUGACCUGGAAUCUAGUAAUGAGUGUUGUGGAACUCAGUACGUUCCUAAAGCUACGAGCCUGUGUUGCAGAGGAUCAACGGGUGAUGUUGUGGUACGUGCGAUAUUUUGAUAUUUUACUACUGUUAUAUAAAAAAAAUCUUAUUUGGAAGAUUCUAAAGUGUGUUGAAUUAAUUAAUUGCUUACAGUGAACUACAUGGAGUCAGACGGGCCGCUUUGAGAAUUUGGGGACAAGUGCAAUGCAAACAGGAGCCCGGGUGGAAAAUUGCAAUUGUUUAGUGUAGUUAAUUUUUGGCAAAAGACCCUUAAAGGGGCUGUGCUGUCAUGGCUGUCUAGUUCAUUUUGUUAAUAAUGCCAAUUAUGCAUCCUUAUUCGCUUUGAAACUUGAGAAAUUACUUGCUAAUGGCAACAUUACGGCUUCGCGUCAAACAAAUAUGUCUUCCAAACACUAUGUCAAACGUUAGGCUAACAGAAUUUCAAAAACCACAUUUGUAAUCCGUUUCAAUCUUCUUGGAGCUUUUCCCUCCGUUUUUUCUUUUGUAUUUGCUGUUCAUGUUAUGAACAGUUAGGCUGCGUGCAAACGGGCGCAACAACUCCCAACAAUGUUGGGAGUUGUUGCGUGUGUGUUGGCAGUGGUGUACAAACGGAUGCAACAACUCCCAACAAGUCUGGGACCUGCAGUGCAUCGUAGGAAGAAUACAGCCCAUAAGUCUUUGUAACCAUGUGUAAUGAGCGUACGUGGCCCCAACAAUGUUGGAAGAGCUGUGCAAACGGAUCCAACAUUGUUGCGCUACGCUUCGGUGAUCACGGAACAAAAGAAAUGUUGGAAGUUGUUGGCUGAAAAGUUUCACCGGUUUCAAACUUUGCGCAACAACACGCAACAACUUCCAACAACAUGCAACAGGGUGUGCAAACGGACGCAACAUAUAACAUCCAACAAUUUUGGGAGUUGUUGGCUAACAAUGUUGCGUCCGUUUGCACGGAGCUUUAUCAUUGUUUCACUCAGUUUGGUGGCGGUUACUACUGUUUGAACUUUGAUCAAUUUCAUGACACAGAUCCCUUAAUUUUACAGGUGUACAACUAUACGAGUGCAGCCGACAAGUCUGCAUCCAGUCACAAGUGCUGCGGUAAAAGACGGGUCGAUAGCAGUUUGAGUUGCUGCAGCGAACAAGGCUAUAAUUCUAGUUACCAGACAUGCGCUUCCAAAUCAAGCAACGGGACCGUGGGCUGUGGAAUGGGCACCAUUUGCAACCAGACCGACGCAAAUGUGGCGAUGUGUGAUCGAUGCGAUUUUGACAACACGACAUUACUCUGUGGUUAUGUACCGGGUUAUUACGACCUUUCACCGACGACUGCUGUGCCGCGCGUUUGUGCGACAGGUUUUGUUGAGAUCCUCAACAAUCGGUACAACCCAAACCUCCGAUUCUACAACGACACUAACUUGUCUCCGCACACUCUUUACGAUUAUUACCUAGUUGCUAUAAAUAAUGUAGGCAACGCGUCAAGCCCAGUUGCACAGAAUCGUACGUUGAUGGGCCGCCCUGCAGGUCUCUCGCCGCCAGUUGCCGUUGCAAUAUCUUCAUCAGAAGUCCGAGUCACGUGGACCAAACCAACGACACCGAACGGUGUUAUUGGGGAGUACAGACUCACGCGAAUUAACGGCCAAACCGGUCAGCGCCGUCUGGUAUUUAGCGGUCUCAAUAUGACAUUUAUAGACCGGGCACUGGAGCCUUUUACUGGAUACCGAUACGUUAUUGAAGCUUGUACGACACAAUGUGCAUCAGCGGAAAUGACAUCACUUAUUUACACUGACCAGGCCGCCCCCGCUUAUGUCAAUGCUACUAUUCUACUUCCGGUGAACUACAGUGCUAUAAACGUGUCAUGGAUGACACCUCCUAAGCCAAAUGGAGACAUCAUUCGAUACAACGUGAGUCGUGUGGUCAACAGCACUUUCAAAAUUCGUUUGAAUCCUAAUGACAAAGGCCUGGGUAUGAGUCUUUUGAUUGGUGGACUACAGCCGUACACAAACUACACUUUCGAAGUUAUCGCUUGUACAAAAGUAGGUUGCACAGCAAGUCCGCUGGCAUCCACACGAACACUGCAAGCACCUCCUGAAGGUGUCCGUGCGCCGAACCUGACCGUCACCGGCUCGCGAGAAAUCGAGGCCACUUGGACAGAACCAGAUAUUCUUAAUGGCAUAAUAGUAAAAUACUCGCUCUUUAGAGGAAACUUGCUUGUCUACAAUGGCACGGAUGUCUGUUAUAAAAAUAACGAAGGCAAGGAUGUCUGCACCUUCGAAGAUAAAGGAAAUGGUCUACAACCUGUAACUACAUACAGCUAUUCAGUUUCUGCCACUACUGGAGGGGGUACUACACGUAGCGGUGUCACUACUGCCACCACCCCCGAGAGUUCGCCCGAGGCUAUUCCCAAACCACGCCUUGCUGUUCAAAGUGCUUACAGUAUACUCGCAGAAUGGGAUGAACCAGGUCAACCGAAUGGGAACAUUACGGGCUAUGCAGUGGUUGUGAAUGGAACUGAAUAUGAUGUUGGGCUAAAUAAAAAUAGAUUAAUCACUGGACUGAAUCCAUUCACAGUAUAUUCUGUCCGCGUCAAGGCUUGUACAGCAAAAGGCUGUGGAUUAGGAGAUCGUGAAUACGCUACUACCAAUGAAGCUGCACCCAUCGGUCAAGGGGCUCCCACGCUAGUGGCGCAGGAAUGGAACAUUGUGCAGAUUUCGUGGUCACCUCCCAGCUCCCCGAAUGGAAUCAUCACUCGUUACGAGAUAUAUCGUAGGGUUGGAAGUAGCGCUCCACUUGUCGUCUGUGUUACAACGCAGUUAACGUGUCUGAACAGCGGUUUGUUGGGUUACACUGAGUAUUCCUAUAGAGUACGAGUUCGAAAUAGUGCGGGCUCUGUAGACGGACCGUGGAGGAACGUACGUACCCUAGAAGGACCCCCACAAGGUAUCAGCCCACCCUCUCUGAAUGUGCUCAACUCUACUGCUAUUUACGUUUCUUGGACAACACCCUCUCAGCCCAACGGUAUUGUCACGCAUUAUGAAGUGCGUUACCGAGAAGAGUUACAAGUCCCUGGUAACGCCAACAUCACUGUAGCUGCACGUGUUGCUAGUAACGUCCGGAACAUCACGGUGAAUGGUUUAAAGCCGUAUACGGACUAUCAGUUCUUGAUUGCCGCAAUAAAUAAUCGUCGAGAAGGGACCAGUGCUUGGGCGAUAGCUAAGACGAGACAAGCCCCACCAGCCGACCUUAGACCUGUCCAAGCCGAUAAAGCAGCGGAUGGUAAAAGUAUGCGCUUGUUCUGGGAUGAACCAGGAAAUCCAAACGGUCUCAUCACGCACUAUAACCUCUACCAAGACGGAGUUCAAAUAUACCGAGGUGCACCACGCGAGUAUACAGUCUCGAGACUUAUUCCUUACACCUCGUACGAGUUUCAGUUGGAGGCAUGCACGGUAGCGGGCUGCACGCGAGGCCGCUCGCAGGUCAUUUUCUCCGCCGAGAUAAACCCUCAAGGACAAGCUCCGCCACUUAUUGGAUUUAAAAACGCAACAGCCAUUCAGCUCACCUGGAAACCACCAGUCGUUCCAAAUGGUGUGAUUAUCCGUUAUGAGAUCUAUAGAACGGUCACAGCAGUGCAGAGCCGGCGAAAACGCGCCGUCGCGCCGUCUUCGUUGGUCUAUUCCACCAAUGAUACAAACCAGACGGAUUACCAGUACAUGGACACCGGAUUAAUGCCCUACAGAAGCUACAGUUAUUUUGUGCGAGUAGUCAAUAAGGGUGGGUCCACUGACAGUGACCAGGUUACCGUGACAACAGACCAAGCUCCUCCCGCAUCUAUGGACGCCCCACGUGUAACAUCCGUGGACGCUCAUUCUUUGAACGUGUCAUGGACAAAGCCGCUUGAGCCGAACGGCGUGAUACAGUAUUAUAUUGUGUUUAGGAACGGUUCUGUCAAACACAAGAAAAACGAGUUGAGCUUUUUAGAUCAAGGUUUAGAUCCUUACACCGUCUAUAGCUACACAGUUGAGGCAUGCUCCGGGGGAGGCUGUACAGAAAGCUCUCCAUCAAGCCGUCGUACAUCUCAGGCUCCGCCCUCAGGAGUACACCCCCCUGUUCUACAAGCGCUGAGUCCGGUAGCUAUUAGAAUAUCUUGGAGAAUGCCGGAGAAGCCCAAUGGUGUUAUCACCAAGUAUCAACUCUUCCAGGCUGGAGAGGAUUUCCGGCGUUAUGAAGGCCUUGCAAUGUCAUUUGACAUCAGCAACAAGGAGCCGUACACUAAGUACUCGUUUUACAUCAAAGCUUGUACUGUCGCGGGAUGCACACAGGGUCCUGCAGCUGAGGUCCGCACAUUAGAAGCCAAACCAGAAGGACUUGAUGCUCCAACUGUCACUGUUGGCGGCUCGGCGUUUGUGCGUGUUGAAUGGAACGCUCCGCGAGAGCCAAACGGCUUAAUCUUGUAUUAUCUUAUAACGCGAAAUGGUUCUCAAGUAUAUAACGGCACUGAUUUGCGAUUCCUUGAUUAUGCCAUUGCUCCAUUCACAGUGUAUGCGUACGUUGUGACGGCAGUCAACUCUGCCGCCCGCUUGUCGAGCCCGCCUGGAUAUAGUCCGCCUACAAAUCCUGGUGCGCCAGAUAAUGUCAGCACAGCAACGCUUGAAGUUCUUAGCCCGACGUCUAUGAAAGCCACCUGGUCUGUGCCGGGAAAACCAAACGGCGUUAUAACGAAAUACGAAGUGCUGUAUAGUUUUAAAGGAGCUCAAGGCAACGCUCAAGUUAGAAAUGCUGGUCUUGCAAAGGAGCUCACCUUAACUGGUUUACAGCCUUACACAGAGUAUGAAGUAAGAAUUCGCGCUUGUACAAAGGAAGGAUGCAGCACUGGCGAGGCAGCGUCCGCACGGACGCACGAAGCGCCCCCUGAAGGUCAGAGCCCUCCGGACUUCCCAAGCUUGCAUAUCACUGCCAGGAGAGUGUUAGUGAAUUGGAAUGAGCCACAAAAGCCUAAUGGGUUCAUGUUACUCUAUCGAAUACACCGACGCGGUUAUUCUUUGUCUGGCAAUCAACAGCAGGUUUAUGGACCGGUCGUUUCUGUAGCGAACGUGACAAACGGCUCCGUGUUGGAAUUUAACGACACAACUGUGAAGCCGUAUUUCAGAUACCAGUACCGUAUUAUUUCUGCUAACAGCGUUGGUGAGACGGCGAGCGAUUGGUCAGUAGUGCAAACAUUAAGCGCAUCGCCUGAACAACUCAGAGCCCCGCAGGUCAACAGAACGCAUUCGUUUAGUUUGGAAGUGUUAAUCGUAGAACCUGGGACUCCUAAUGGUGAAAUAAGAAACUACAUUUUAGAAGUUUCUGGUGAAAAUAAAUCUGAAGGUUUGACUACUCUCCGGGAAGUCUCCGGGCUCGAGCCCUUUACUGUGUAUGUGCUACGUGUUUACGUGUGUACUGAUGGUGGAUGCGCUGUGGGACCGAGUGUUAACUGGAGGACUGCGGAGGGAGCCCCUGCACAGUUCUCUGCUCCACGCCCAGUGGAGAUAAAUGCUACUACAGUUGUGUUGGAAUGGGACGCGCCGGGAAAACCCAAUGGAAACAUUCAACGGUGAGUCAUUGUUUUUCUUGUUAUCAUUGUUGUUGUCGUUUUUUUUUUGGUAGUAGAGGAAACAGGCUGACGCAGUGCUGAGAUCACUUGCCUGCCUGACCGUUAUGAACCGAAGGUCACGGCGCUUGUGGCUUCAGCCUCUUAUGAACCGGUGACGUUAUGAACCGGUGCUUUUAACGCGAAGGUCACGGCGCAUGUGGCUUCAGCCUCUUAUUUUUCCUGUUCCUUGCUCUGAGAGGAUUUUCUCCGAGUACUCGUGUUUUUACCUCUCGUCAUGAACCGCCUUUUAAUUUGAUUUGGAACAUACGACCACUUGUUAAACAGUUCUUAUGAAAAUCUUGUUGUCAGCUUGUGGUACUUUUAUUUGUUAAAAAAUGAAUGUCUUUUUAUUGUUUUGUUGUUGUUGUUUGUUUUUGGAUUUUUAUUAUUUCUAAGAUCUUCCUUCGGACGCGGAUAAGCAGGGGGACAAGGGUUGUGGCCUCUCAUAGAGUGUGGGGUUGCAACAGUCAUGUGACGCUAUCCUGGGUGGGAAAGGAGGUUUUGCCCUGCAUGGGCUUUAUGUAUUUGCCCACUUUGAUAGAGUUUUCAAUCCAUUUGGUCUGGUUUAUGGUAUAUGAAUCAGACAAUUGUGGUCUAGAAUAUGUUAACAUGUAUGGAAAUUGGUCACAAGUAUCAGGAUUGUAGUUUCUGGUUCCAAGUUAGUCCUGGUAAAGUAAGGGAUUUUAAGGGUUUAAGGUACAAACUGAAACACUCCAUUCCAUGUAUGACCAACUCUUGUUAGCGACUACCUGCCAUAAACGACCGACAAUCGAAAACAACAACAUUUUCCCAGUCAAAGCCUUACAGUUGGAGCCUCCAGUAAACGACCUUCUCCGGUAUAAACCGCGACCACUUUUUGGACCUGACGGUUAAUGAUUUUUUAUUUUUUUAACUUCUUGUAAGCGACCACUUGACGCAUUUUUGAUCCCUAUGUUAGCUGUGUGCGCUAUGCUACUUAGAAUAUGCGACGAACUUUUGUGUCAACAUGGAACUGCACAUGUCGUAACUUAGACAUAGCAUGCAAUAGAGUAAAGUAAAGUAGAUGUGCUUGAACCUCGCCUCGGAAAAGGCGUCCUGUGGUUCGAUUCUUUUAAACGACCACUUCUCGUAAGCGACCACUCAAUCUUUGCAUCUUUAGUGGUCGCUUACGGGAGGUUCGACUGUAUUGGACUGCGAACAGUCUCUUAUUUUUCUUUGAAGUCACAGUUGCUCGAGGGCACGCGCGAGGGCGACGAGGAGCGAGACCGAAGCCCAACAGUAUACUUAUUUCAUUGUUUAUUUACAGGUACGAGGUCCUGUAUCAUGAGUCCUGUGCUGUUGGCUGUCCUGCAGGCUUACCUGAGAGUGGCCCAAAUGUAGGUCUGUCACGGCGGCAUGUAGUGCGAGACUUGUCUCCUUACACUAUGUAUAACUUCAGGAUACGUGUCUAUAACACGCUGUACUCAAGUCUGUCAGAUGAGCAGGCCGUCAGGACCCAAGCAUCAGGUAUGGUGAUAGCUCAGCUACUUAUAUGAGUGUCGCCAAGCUUAGUCGAAGUAAUUGCCUCAAUCAUGACAAAAGUGUUUUGGUAAAUUUGCAUUUGUGGGGCUUUGCUCUAGUCACACAUGCCCAAGCCCUCGCCCACUCCACAAACAGAGUUGUUUUCCCGAGUGUCAACAUGGUUCACAGUUUCACCGUGUCAACAUGGUGUAGGGUGGGGGGAGGGAGAACUGCAUGAUAUUUUUCGAAAAGGUUGAACUGUUUAAUGAGGGCACCCACAAAUUUAAAAAAUAUAUAUGAAUACUGUCCCAAGGGAGUUUUUCCAGGGUUAUAGUUUUCAACAUACACCUAACAUCAAAUGAGCAAAUCAGAAUUCGAAACAAAUUUAUGUAGCCGGUCCAAGUGUGGGAACGCGAGUGAGCUAGUCAGGAUAAUGAUUGGUUGAAAAGGUGGUGAGAGAUUUUGUCCAACCACGAGGAGCGACAUGUACCGUAAACUGCCGCUUUUAUUUGUUUUGCGGGAAAACAUUUAAGAGCUUGCCAUUGUUUACAAGCUUUGGCUAAAGGUUCGCACAUGCUCAUUCCGUAAUUCCGCCCUGAACCCAGUUAUAAGCCCAUCUACCAGUAAACAGGUUUGUAACCCUCCUCAAACCCGUUACAAAGAUGAAAAAGUUCAGGGCCCGGUUGCUCAAACGUUGGAUAACGCUAUCCAACGGAUAAGUCACUAUCCAAGGGAUAAAUAUUAGGGGAACCGAUUGAGCUAUCCACUGGAUAGUGAUUUAUCCCGCGGAUAGCGUUAUCCACCUUUCGAACAGCUGGGACCAGGGCUUAUAAGGGGCCGUUUAUGAUGUAUGUUUUGAAUUCUGAUGGGCUCAUUUGAUUUUUCGUCGCUCACGCUCUACACGAUUCUCUCCAGCUCCCAUAGUCACGAAUGUAAGACCACGAGUUAAUGUGAGCGGGUUCCAGGUAGCUGUGGACUGGAGCGAGUCCUUCAUUCUCAACGGUCCAUUGGAUACUUAUGAGUUGUUGGAAAACGGGCUACUAACUUAUGAGGGGCCGCAGAACAAGAGAAACCUGGGAACUAGAAAUGUUGGAGAAUACACUUAUAUAGCUAAAGCCACCACUUUAGUCCAGGGGAGAAAGAUCACCGUGACAUCGCCUCCUAGUGGUACAGUGCAAAUACAAGGUAAUUAUCCAGUGAGGCGUGACACUUGAGCCUUCUUUCUUAGAAUAGAUGCACGCUAUCGACGGUGUUAGCAGUCGUCCCUAAUUAAAAUCAAGUCGUGAAGUCUGAAGUGGAGAUCAAAAGAAUCGAGUCUAGCCCGUGUUACCGACGAAACUAAACUUUUUGUUAAGUCUGUCAGCGAGUCAGCCGAAAUCCUUGUUCUGGGUACCCACUAGUGUACAGAAUUUGAGUACGCGCCAUGGUCUAGUCUCCCCCGCAGCCGUUUUUUGGAUGUCACACGAGCGUUGCGUGACGUCCAAAAAACGGCUGCGAGGGAGGCUAUGAUUAGUCAGGUUGAAGAAAAAUUCGAAACGCACUUCCGGUAAUGCAUUGAGUCCAUUGGGGGCCCCGGAAAAGGAUAUCAGCGCUGCUUUGCAGGCUUAACCAGCCCGGGUGAGAUUACAGCAAAAAUUGUGGAUCUGAACAAUCUUUCUUGACAGAGACGGCCAUUUGCAUUGUCGAACAACGGAAGAAAAGUAUGGGCUACCGUUUUGUUUUUUAGUGCAUUAAUGCACCGGAAAGUCAUACAUGUCAUUUGUUUCUUUUUUUUUUCCGCCAUAUUUACAGGACCACGGUUCGCUACCGUGACAACGUGACGUAACGACUUCUCCUCUCCAUACUAUUAAUAGAUUUAUAAUUCCUACAAAAUCCUUUUUCGUGUAAAAUUGCUUUUGGUAUUCGUAUCUUUGCCUAACGUGGCAUUCUUGGGGAAAAAAGAGUUAUUCGGCUGUCCCCAAAGUUCCGAUGAAAAGGAUUUAUAAGAUCCUUUUCGUGUGUUUCUUUUUUCGAAUGAGCGGACCCAUAGGUCAAACAGUAGUGUGAGUUUCUGUCUGACCGUUUUCAGGUGAAGUCGCACCGGGAACUACAGCGCCACGCACUGAUUCAGAAGAGUGGUAUAGUAGCGCGUGGUUUAUAGCUGUCAUGGCGCUGGUAGCCAUCUUGAUCCUGUUUAUCCUGUUAGCGCUUUGCCUGUGGCGAACGAGCGGAAAUAGAACAGUUUACGUGCGUGAUCGAGAGCCUUUGCCUCCACGCACUAAACUCAGGUCCAGGCCCCCGUCAAUGUCCAGUCUUUACACGUCCAGUGACAGGAAGAACGGAAGCAUGAUUGUAAGUUCUUUUUGUUUUGUUUAACGCGGUAGCGCUGCCCCAAAAGUACAAUCAGCCGCUGGUGAUCUCAUUACCCGCGAAGACGACCAUUGAAAAAGACAGGAUAUGCGUACUUGCUCACGAGUUACGUGACGAGUCACAUGCAUGUCGGAUCAAAAUUGGAAUGGGAGUGUUUCUGAUAAAAUAUUUAACUAAGGUGCAGUGUUCAAUAAUCAGAUAAGAAACUAGUAAUUAGAUCUGUCCAUCUGGACACUAAUCUCUUUUUUCAGCAAGGAAAACAAGCAGAAUGCAUCCAGGAGUACAAUUUAUUAAACGUGAAAACAACCAUUGAACAAUAGUUUUUUUAAAUUUUCUUCAUCAUCAAUCAGGACAUGCAGCCGAUGCCAAUGCCAUACUAUAGCAGUACCACCGCCUUGUAUGAUAGCACAGAGCGUCUCAACAGAUUGAAUGAACAGUAUGGCUCUUACCGCUCUGGCAGUGGACACAAGGUCCCUCUGGAUGUAAGUCAGGACUGGGAUGGAUACCUCAAGACCUACAGCAGGGACAGGGAUUCUGGACUGGUAAGAAACUCUUUCCCGGCCUUCUACUCCAGUAAUGUAUUUUUGUCAAAAAAAAAUACUGCACAAAUCUGUAAAGCGUUGUAAAGCCAAAAAAACCCUGUAAUCUGGUAAAAUGCACAGAAAAUAAAGUUUCAAACUGAUGAGGGACGGAGGGGGAAGUGAUUUCCAAGACAGUUCGUCUUCGGGCAGUAUUUUUUAUGAUAAACCUACCGUAGACAUCCACCCUAGCCCAGGCAACAUUCAUCUUGCCACUGGCCAGUUUUCCCUCAUCCUCUUAAUGAUAAAAAAUGUAUUCUAAUUUCACGGUUGUGUUUGAAGUCCCGACCCUCAAUAUUAUCAUUUGCUCAUUAAAUAUUGCUUGCUGCGACUUACUUCCCUUCCCUUGUAGCCCAGCUGAUUUUGAAACGCAAAUUUCCCUUCUAUCAAGCUCGCCUUUGUAUGUUCCUCAAGGAAGGCCUUUGAAAAUGUAACCCCGGGGCUUCUUUGGGAAGUUUACAACAUUUCACUGAUCCACAAUGUGUUUGAAGACGUUUCCGUAUAUUUCUGUCACUAAUUUAAUUCUUUUGUUCGUAGUACGACGAUGAAAAACUCGACUACUCAGACAGCGAGCCAAGUACUCCUUACCAGACAUUCAAGCGGGAGCAAUACUUCACAGAUACACAUUUAUAAUAUUAAUUUUCUAGUAACUGUUGUAAUAAGUUAAAGCCAAAUUGUAUAUUUUGUUUUAGUAUAUACUAAAACAGUGGAUAGUGUUUUUCGCGCGCUCUGAUUGGCUACUCAAUCAGUGAAUAUCCUGCACUAUUCACUGAUUCACCUCCAGUUCCUCCGAGCGAGCGACGCCAAACUCGCGUAAGUUGCGAGCAAAAUGCCUUCUCGGUUUGCUGCCGUAAACAAACAAAGAAAUUUCACAACUAAUCAAGCAAGCUGUUUCCGAAAUACACGAAGAAGGUGACGAAGUUCGGAUUGGAAGUUUUAACAGGUAAAGCUUUGUCUUUCUGACACGAAUUUAUCGAUAAAACCGGUGAAAAAGUUUUUUGUUUACAAAUGCAAAUUAAGUUUAAGUCUUGCUUACUUUAUUUAGUUGAGUUGUUCAUAAAUAAGCUUAAAACUAAAUUUAAUAAUCUUUUUUUAUAGAAUGAUUUUAAAUUCAAAAAGAAUUCACAACUCCUUUUGCAGAAAUUUCCCCGCAAGAGCUAAACAAAUGCCUUCAAAAGGUUUAAUUGUCGGCAAGAAAAAGCGACGGCCGCGGCCGCCCGGUCAUUACGCGCCAAAAUUGUAAUCGUUGGCAACAGUAUUUGAGUUAAAAAUGGUCAUUUUUGUGCUCAAUUAUCUCACUGUUUUAGUAUAUACUAAAACAAUUAUUCACCUCAGUGUCGGUGGCUAGUCCUGGAUAUUUACCUCACUGCUUCGCAGUUCGGUAAAUAUCCAGGACUAGCCACCUCCACUUCGGUGAAUAAUUGUUAUAUAUAAGUAUUCUUCUAACCAAUGUACCUUUCGGUAUAAAAUUUUUCUCUCUCGCAGAUAUGAGAAAGUGUGAUGUGUGAAAAUAUAUAGAACCAUUUUUCAAAUACUUUUGAUGUAUUAUAGUUUUGUUUUGCUUUUUUAAAAUUGACUGGCAGUGGCUUUAAUUUUGCGAAGUGUUAAGUCCUGGACACACGGAACCAUGUGACAAUAUUACACACAUAUCGUGCGUGAACAGUAGAAUCACGGUUGAGCGAAUAAUUGACCUGUUUGAGCAGAAUGUUACGAUAAUUGCUUUGUAUUAUUUGUAGAUAGCCCUACGAGAAUGAAUAAUUUGCGAUAUCCUGCAAGCAAGGCUUGUUCUUGAAGGAAAUUGUAAUGAACGAAUGCAAGAGUUAUCUUAUUUUUAUUUUCAUUUUAUUUUAUUUUUGAUUAAAAGUGGCUUAAUGUUGAAUAAACAAACGCAAGCAUGUAAAUCUUUUUUAAAAAAAUCCAAGCUAUUCAUAUUAAAAUAUAUUUGUACUACAACAAUACACCUUUCUUCCUUUUGUUGAAACCUUAAUACCCUGAUUACAAAUUUAAUCACCUAUUUGGCCAAGUUAGUGACGGUUUUUCAUUACAAGGGAGUUUAUUCAGCGAAACCGCAUAUAAAUAAACCAUUUUCAAUUUUGGUAGCCUACGUACAGACGCCCUCUCCUCUUAGGAGAGCUCUACAGAGGCAAUGCUUAUAUUAACCCUUGAAGCCCCAAUAUCCACUUGCAAAUUCUCCAAACUGAUCUCUAUACAUUUCCUUAAAGAAUGCGUUGAGAGAAUUUGAUAAAAAAAAAAGCGUUUUCUCUCUGGUGAUCAUUUCAUUAAUUCUUAUAACCUAAUCUCUUGACAUUGUAUGCAUAUCGUUAGGAGGAAAUUGAAGUUGGUCACCAUUGGGACUUAACAAAGGGUUAAAACAUGUUUCAUUAUGUCCGCGUGUUAGGCCUGCGUUGGGUCUGGGUUAGAGCAAUUGGACUACCAUUGCGCAAAACAAAGUUGCCUGCGCCUGUCAUGCGUCAACGUGUGUUCUUCCAAGGUCUUCAUGUUUUUAGACCAGCAGAGCGGUUACUGAUUAAAUGGGGCUCUGGAUCAAAGAAUUGCUCACACGUUAAUGCGCAAACUGAAACCCCAAAUUUCGAAAACGUUUGCUCACAGGUACAUAGGAAAGCAACUGCUUGGUAGCUUUCAGCAAGAGAGAAUGAUCAUUCUCUCUUCCUUUCAGUUGAAAGAGAUUUGAGAUUUUUUUAAAACAUAGCCAAAGAAAUCCAGUUAAUAUAGUUGACAGUUUCGAAGCCUGCCAGUCAUCUUUUACAAAAAUGGGGGGAGUUCUGGGGGAGGGGGGGUAAUUGAUCUCCACCCUUAACCAAGGGGAGGGGAACACGACAUAGUGACUUUGCAUGCGCCUUUAAACGGCUCCUGUCGCUUUUAUCGUUUUUACUUUUGAAAAGAUGACUGAUAGGAAUCGAAACUACAAACUAUAUUAGUAGAUCUCUUUGGCUGUGUUAAAUGAACACCCUAAAUUCAUCUGAUUUAUUUCUAGUCGGAUGAAUUUCUUCACGAACUUCUGAUUUGAACUGCAAUCUCCUGAUGGCUAAUGGGAAUCGAACCACAAACUAUAUAAGUAAAUUUCUUAGGCUGAGUUUAAAACACUCUUAAUUUAUUUGAUCUAUUUCUAGUCGGAUGAAUACCUUCACGAGUUUCAUUUGAACUGCCAUCCGCUUCUCAGAAAAAUGACAAGAAAUGAACAGUUUGACAGGGAAGGAUGA